AUGGAGCUUCUCAAGAUGGCGCGGCAACGUACGCUGGCCAUGGCGUUGGUCGUCGGAGUCUUGGCGUCCAUCACUGUCGAUGAGGUGCAAUCCAUCGGCGUGUGCAACGGCAAGGUAGGCGACAACCUACCAUCGCGGGCCGAGGUGGUGCGGCUCUACAAGUCCCUGGGAAUCGCCGGGAUGCGCAUCUACGAGCCGGAACCCGAGACGCUCCUGGCCCUGGACGGCACCGAGAUCGACCUCAUCAUGGACGUGGGUGGCAGCUUCGCGGCCAUAGCCUCCGACCCUGCCGCCGCGGCCGGCUGGAUCCGGGACAACGUGCUUGCCUUCCCGGGCGUGCGCAUCAAGUACAUUGUGGCCGGCAACGAGGUCGAGGGCAGCGACACGAGCAACAUCCUCCCGGCCAUGACCAACCUCAACGCCGCGCUCGCUGCCGCCAGCCGCACUGACGUCAAGGUGUCCACGGCGGUCAAGAUGAGCGUGCUCGGGUCCUCCUCGCCGCCCUCCGAGGGCGUGUUCAAGGACGCGUACAUGACGGAGGUGGCCAAGAUGCUCAAGGCCACCGGGGCCCCGCUCCUCGCCAACGUCUACCCCUACUUCGCCAAAAGGGACACCCCGGACAUCGACCUCAACUUCGCGCUCUUCCAGCAAAGCACCAACACGGUGAGCGACAGCAGUCUCACCUACACAAACCUCUUCGACGCCAUGGUCGACGCGAUUUACUCGGCCUUGGAGAAGGCGGGUGCGCCGGGCGUGCCCAUCGUGGUCUCGGAGAGCGGCUGGCCGUCGGCCGGCGACGACCUGGCAACCGUCGCUAACGCGCAGGCGUACAACCAGGGGCUGAUCGACCACGUCGUCAAAGGCACGCCCAAGAGGCCGGUGCCGCUGGGGACCUUCAUCUUCGCCAUGUUCAACGAGAACCAAAAGGGAGGGGCCGUGACAGAGAAGAACUUUGGGCUGUUCAACGGCCCCGACAAGACGCCGGUGUACCCUAUCAAGUUCAACAAUUAG